UUCCGUUACGAACAUGGCUGCUUAGGCAUGUAAACAAUGAUGCAUGCGUUUUGACAUCCUCAGUAUCACUUGUUUAAAGCUUGGACAAAAAAUAAAGGACACGUCACAUCUGAACAAAAAUUAUGUUCGUUCCAGAAAAUAAACAGAUUUUUAGAUGGGAGGAUUACACUCUGCUGAUCCCAGUUGUUUCAGUUGGAAAUGUUGGGCAGUUGACAGCUGACUUGAUUAUAUCUACAUUGUAUGAUCGUAUAGGCUACAUUAUGCAUGAUGCCAUUACACCAGCCAUUGGCAAUAACCCCUUUGCAGAUGCUGAAGACAUAUCUUGUAAAUUAACCACAUGUUGUGAAGUGUAUGAGAAUUCUGAGAGAAAAAUAAUGAUCAUCCAGCAGAGAGCCCCACUCAUCAAGGGAAGAGUGACAUCAUUCGUUAAGUGUAUCAGCCAGUGGAUCAAGGAGAGACAGUUUCUGCAAGUUAUUAUCAUUAGCAGUACAUUUUCACAUGAGCGGUUGGACCAGCAGCUUCAAGGGGCUCCUUUCCGAGUAGUUAGGUCGAAGAAGAUGGAGGAAAGGGCUGGUAAUUUCUUGGAGACCAUAGGCUGGAGAGACCUGGAACCUCGCCCUAAUCUGCAAAAUGUCUUUGAUGUUUCAAGUGCUGGGGAGAGCAGUGUCAACUACUUUUGUAACAAUUUGUAUAUGCCUGGCAGCGGAAUUGCGAAACCAUUGUUUGAAUCACUGCAAGAUUUUCCUGUUUUGCUGAUUCUGAUGUUUUGUUCUGAGGGAGACAAUGCUCCUGAUGCCAUUCACUUUGCUCACCAACUCAAUGAAUGGUUGAAUCUGGUAUCAUUAAAGGAGGAGAAACAAGGAUCUUCACAGUCCACAGACCAUGUAGAAGGCAAAGUACAGUGGAAAAUCCCCACUUCUUGGAAGCAUGUUUAUGGAGCUCACUUUGACAAAACGUUGUUUCACUAACUUUCAUAAAGCUGACUAAUUUGAUAAUGCACAGAUAUGUUGUUAUAUUUGAGUAAAAACUAUUAAUGGCAAAAGAUUUUGUAAUUAGGAAAGGAUGUAUGAAAGCAUGAAUAUGCAAUUCUCGUUAUAGAUAAGCACCCUUGUGGGAGUUACUUUCCCUUUGACCAUAUUUCAAGGUCAAUCCAUAUAUCUUAACUGGAAAAAAGGCAAGAAAUAUCAGGCAUGCAUGCAGUGCUGUGUACAGUAAUAAUAAUAAUGGGUAUUUGUAAUGUGCAGCGCCACAGCCAAGAUAGAUUGCACUCGAGUAAUGAUAAAUGAACAGAUAGUGGACAAUGAGAUAUGUACAUGCACAGAACGUAAAGCAGUGAAGGUAUAAAGGAUACUGUAAAGUGUAAACAGUAGGAGCCGUACUUGAUGGUUAAAAUGACAGACAGUAUUACAAGUGAGUUUAAGGAUAGUAUUUCAGGGAUAGUACUUUUUGAGCAGACAUGUUUUCAGAGAGCCUUUGAAUGUAGCCCUGGAGCUUUGCCUAAAAUGACUGUUAAGUCCAGCUUUAGUUGCGGAUACUGCUGGCCAGGUGCAGGUGCUAAACAGUUGAUAGUUGGCACAUAAAGAUAUAUUACAAAA